GUGUGCAUGCAGAUUCAAUGAUGGACUCGCGUUCUCGUUUCGUUAAAGCUUUUACAACUGACAGCUAACUUGUGCUCGACCCAGUAAGUGACAAACUUACUAAGGAAACUUAAAAGUUCAGUUUCGUAUGGCGGACAUUUCGCCUUGGGUUUUGUACAUUUAUUCCUUUGAUAUUAUUCACCAAAUUACAAGCUAGCUGUGUCCAAUUUGACAGCGAAUCCAGCAUGUGUGCUUUAUCACUGUCCUGCUGGACUCAACUCCAGCUGAGAACACAGAGCAUAAGGGCACUCCUUCAAAAGAGCGGCUGUGUCUGUCCUCACCAAGAUUCCAGACAGCUCAGCUCAGGAAAGCGCCAGAGGAGGGUUGUUAUUACUGGUAUAGGGUUAGUGUGUCCUCUGGGCACAGGGACUGCACUACCCUGGGACCGCCUGAUUAAAAGCCACAGUGGAAUUGUUGCCCUUGACUCAGAGGGGUACAAGACAGUGCCCUGUAAAGUGGCAGCGCUGGUACCCAGAGGGAAUGAACAGGGUCAGUUUAGGGAGGAGAGGUUUGCCUCUCGUGGGGAGAUCAGCAGCAUGUCACCGGCCACUGUGAUGGCCCUCGGAGCUGCUCAGCUGGCUCUGGAGGACUCGGAGUGGUACCCCAAAACCACAGAGGAACAGCUCAACACUGGGGUGGCUGUGGGCAUGGGCAUGGUGUCACUGGAUGAAAUCGCUCGCACCGCCACUGCCUUCCAAGAAAAGGGCUACAACAAAGUCAGCCCCUUCUUUGUGCCCCGUAUCCUUGUCAACAUGGCUGCUGGGCACAUAAGUAUCAAACACAAACUGAAGGGUCCCAACCAUGCUGUGUCCACAGCGUGCACCACAGGCGCACAUGCAGUAGGCGAUGCCUCCAGGUUCAUCGCCCACGGGGAUGCAGUUGCUAUGGUUACAGGGGGAACAGAAUCCUGCGUGGGGCCUCUGUCGAUGGCCGGUUUUGCCAGAGCACGGGCCCUCGCCACCAAAUGGAAUGACAACCCCACGCAGGCCUCGAGGCCCUUUCACCCAGAGAGAGAGGGCUUUGUGAUGGGCGAAGGAGCGGCGGUGCUCCUGCUGGAGGAGCUGGAGCACGCAGUGAACAGAGGAGUCAGGAUCUACGCAGAGGUCCUGGGAUAUGGACUCUCAGGGGAUGCCAGCCACAUCACGGCACCCACUGCAGAUGGAGAUGGAGCAUUCAGAUGCAUGUCUGCUGCCCUCAGAGAUGCUGGCGUCUCACCGGCAGAUGUGACUUACGUGAACGCCCACGCCACAUCCACACCUUUGGGGGACGCAGCUGAAAACGCCGCCAUCAAGAGGCUCUUCCAGCCAAACCUUGAGAGCCUGGCUGUCUCCUCCACCAAGGGAGCCACGGGCCAUCUGCUGGGGGCCGCAGGGGCCCUGGAGGCAGCGUUCACCGCUUUGGCCUGCUACCACAGGGUCCUGCCCCCGACCCUCAACCUGGACCGCACAGAGCCAGAGUUCGACCUGAAUUACGUUCCCUGCACAGCGCAGCCGUGGCAGACUCACGGCCGACGGGUCGCCCUCACAAACUCAUUUGGGUUUGGUGGCACCAACGCCUCACUGUGUCUCGCCAGCAUUUGAUGAGCGGCUUGUUUUCUGAGUUCCACUCACUGAAUAUUUUUCAGUAGAAUUGAUUAGCGCUGCGGCUGUUUGUUUGUGGGAAGUUCUUAUUAACUGAUUUAUUUAAAGCAGCUACAAGAAACUUUCAUUUUGUGUUGAUUCUGACAGCCCCUGUGGACAGAAGUGGUAGUGUCUGCGUUGUUUCAUCUGAUUUCAAUGAGAAUUCAACCAUAUUUAAGAAUCGCUACAUAGAAAUACAUACUCGCUGAUGGUCUUUUUUGUUUAUAUAGGUCAUAUAGAGGUAUCGGUAUGAAAUUGACCCUUCCUAAAUCCUGCCCUUUUUUUGCUCUGUGCUCCAAUAACAGUUGAGCAAGCCGUGGUCAGAACCUCUGUCAACUUUCUCCUUUUCUGUACUUAGCUAUGCUAUGUGCUAGGCUCAUCUAUGUUGAAAAGGAAAUCCCAUUUUAGCUAAUAUAAGUUAGCUAAUAUUAAUUUAAUUUAAACUUAAGUUAGCUAAUAUUACAAAAAUACAAAAAGCUAGCUAAGCAAUGAUUUGUGUAAAUUGUGUUUUGCUAACAUUAGCGUUCAGAUAUAACUAGUUAGUUAAUGAUUGAUUUAGAUUAGUUGGGUAGUUAGCUAGGCAGGACCUAAGAAGGGUCAAUCUGUUUCAUUACUGGUUAAAAACAAGUAUGUUUAAGGUAAAAAUCAGAAAUGUCAAUGACCAUCUAUAAACUGCAAAGACUAAAAAUUCUGAUGAAAGCACUACAUCAUUGGAAUCUUUUCAGAUUUUAAAAAAAUAAAAGCGAACACCAGAGUAAACUGUAUUUCCUGCUCCUCCAGCCCUGACAGGCACUGCAUCUUCGACACAGUAGUGGAAGAGGUUUUCAGAUCCCAUUCCUAAGUAAAAGUAUCAGUAACACAAGGUUAAAAGUAUGUUUUCAUUAGUGUAUAAUCACCUGAAUAUAGGAUUUGCUGUGUUUUGUUAACGUAGAAUGAGCCAUUUUUAUCUACAGACACUGCGGGUUACCUACCAUGGAGUACUAGAUCGUGUCGUUCAUAUUUUUUACACGUUUCACAACCACUGUAGUUUCUCCUUUGUGCUUGGAAGGGGAGGUGAAAGUUACAGAAUUGUGAUCUACAACUACACCUCUAGAUGCCCUAAGUCCUACACACUGGUUCUUUAAAGUAUUAAGAUUUAGCAAAGGAAUUGCCACUGUAACUGAUUUUUUUAUGUCUGACAUUAUAAGGUUGUUAAUGUUACAGCAGCAUUUUACUGUUGGAGCUACUCGAGGUGGAGCUGGUUUUUAAAUUCUUUAUACAGUUAAGGAAUUUAAUCCUGUGGUUCCUAAUAUAGGGGUCCUGCCACCUGAAGGGGCCACAAGAGAAAUCUGUGGAGUCGUGAGAUGAUAAAUUAGGCAGGAAAGAAGAAAUAGACAGUAGCGUAUUAUAUUUUAUGAGCAAAUCAUAUGUUUUAUGUAAAAACAGAAUCUAAAAAUAUACUAAAUAACUAACGUUAGUAACUGUAGUGGUUUAAUGUAGAGGAAUAAAAAGUAUACAAACAAUAAAAACAAUAUUUCCCUCUGAAAUGUGGUGUAAUAGUAUAAAGUAGUAUCAAAACUG